AUAACCGAGAAUUACGUACCAAUUUAUUUUAAAAAUAAAUCCUUUAUUUGCAAGAAGUGCAAGAUGAAGUUCUGCAUUUUGCUUGUUUUAGGAGUGAUCGCAUGUAAUGUAGGUGCCACCAAUGGCUUUAGAAUGACAGGACAGAUAGAUGACCUUUAUGUCGAAUUUUGUGGUUUUGAAGGAAUAGUUCGAAGUAUUAUAUUGAAUUGUAUCGACUUGAGUAUGUCCUUUAAGGAUAGGCAAAUGUUCUCAGAUAUUGCCCGAUGCUUUGAUGAAGAUAACUUUGUUGACCUUAUGACUAAAUUAUGUGGCAAACCAUACGCUGAGAUUCAGGCAAUGGUAGAAUCGCAUGAAGAUUGUUUGAAAGAGCUGGACUUGGAUGAUGAAUCAUAUGAAAUCGAUGUUGACAAAGAUGUGCUUCAGAAUUGUGCCGUGGAAAAUGCCUUAAAAAACAAUCUUGAAUUGCACGAUUUGUAGCUGUUUAGUUUACCCAGUAUUGAGCCAUGUAUUAAUUUUCAUUAAAUGUGCGUAAUUAAUUCUUGUAAAAUUUAAUAAUUUGUUUUUAAAUUUACUAUUUGCUCGUAAUAAAUUAGAAAAUUUUAAAUAAACAGUUUUGCAUUAC